AUGUUUUCCGCCGAUCCUCAAACUGUUGAUACAAGACUGUCUACCAAUUUGGCAAAGUACCACCUUGUUCUACCCAAGAUCUCAAACGUAUCGCAGUUGGCCAAACUUCAAGGUGUUAUCGCUAAUGAGCACCAUACAACAUCAAAGUCUCUCGAUGAGUACUUACGCGUCUCUCACUCGUCAAUCAACCAGCAUGUUCGCAAAUUGGAACUUCAAAGAACUAAACUAACGCGAACGCUCUCAAAACUGCACCAUGCGCUGGAGGAUAUGUCGAUUUCUAAGGAUCUGGCGCUCAAAAUCUCUACUCGCAUCAGAUGUAUAGAUCAAGAGCGUCUUAUAGUGGCUCGAGUGCUUCAGUUUGUAAACGAUACUCAAGUUCUGAAGCAGAAAGUUUUCACGGUUAAUGAAGCUCUGGAACGCUCAGAUUACGAGCUUGCAGCCACCGCCAUAGAUUCAAUCCUGAGUCUUCCUGCCGAAGUAGUAUCUUCUCAAUUUGCCAGUAAAGUAGUACCGUCGUCAGAAAUCCCUGAGGAUCCACAAGUGCUCCUUACCCAGUGGACUCAAAAAUUGGCAAUUGUCUUCAAGGAGGUGUUUGCAAAAGCUGCAUCGGAGCAAGAUGUUAACAAACUGAGUGCUGUCUUCAAAUUAUUUCCGCUGAUUCGAAAAUCCGAACUGGGACUCGAUCUGUAUUCCAGAUACGUUUGUGACAUCAUAGCUGCCGAAAGUCGCAAAAUCAUGACUGGUGCAGCUCCCAACAACACAACUUUCUAUGCCAAAGCCCUGUUGCUAUUAUUUAGAAUAGUUUCGACAGUCAUCAAUGGUCAUUCCAAGCUCAUAUCCGAAGUUUACGGAAAGCAACAUAUGGUCCAUAUAAUGGCAAAGAUGCAACGUGAAGCAGAUAUGCAGGCUGGACUCGUUUUGGAUAGUUUUGUUGAAGCUAGGGGUAUUGACGAGGUUCUACAGUCUAUUGCAAAAUUCGAAAAAGCUUCUGCUUCAACAGAAGCCAGCGAGGUUGAACCUCCAUCUAUGGCUCGAGUCUCUAACCUCAUCAACGAGCACUCUAUGUUUUUACAAAAUUGGUCCAUGUACUGCAGGCUAUUUGCAACGAAAUGGAAAGAGUUUAAUGAAACAACAGUGGAGGAAGGGGUCUUGCAUCUACCGGAUCCAAUACUAAAUGGCCACUUCUAUGGUAAGAUCAACGAUUCAGACUUUUUACAGAAUUUCCAAAAGUUGGUAAGGUUCUAUUUACACACUUCUUUUAACAGAACUGUUGAAUUUGAGUCCUUACCUUCGCUCAACAAAUACAUAUCCAAGAAGCCUUUUCAGCAUGACGAUGUUUCAAGCUACUCAUUUUCGUCUACCGUGGAGGAUAUGACACUUUUGAUUAGAAACUGUUUAAUCCUUAAUGUCAAUACUGGCCGGAGCCUGUUAUUAGACCACUUUCUAGAUGUAUUGAGGAGAUUUUUGCAAAACGAUUACCUGAUCAAAUUUUUACAACAGAAAUUAAGACAGCUGCAACCGCGAUUGACCAGCACCGUUACAUUGAAGAAAUACGUCCCGCACACAGAGUCCAAUCCUGUGUCUCGUGCGGCGUCCCCAGGACUUGCGGAUCCUUCGAAACUAUCGAAUCUUAGGUUCAACAUCAAAGGCGCAGCUUCAAGCGCUUUUUCCAACAUUCAGUCAAAUAUUCAAGCUGUUUACGCAGAUGAGGAGUCUAUCUUGAAACUGCACCAUUAUAUCAUUUACCUCAAUACUCUGAGUAUCGGAGGAGAAUUUUUGCGGAAGUUACUAACUCAAGAGCUUCUAAUUGAUAGUCCAAACCUUUUGAUUGACAACUUUCCUUUUAAUUCCGAAGCACAGGUUCUCAAAGCCAAGGUGGAAAGCACGGAACAGAAUAUACUGUCUCAACAAAACAAACUUCUACAAUGGGCCGUGAAACAGCUGUUCGAAAACCUGUUGCAACAGAAAAUUCGCAAAAUGCUGGGCUCCUUAUUUAUCCAGGGACCAGACAGCACCUACCUCUCCAGUGCAGUGGAUUUCGAAGAUAUGUCUCAUAUUCAACUUUUUGCAGGCGAUUGGAAGGAACUCAUGAUUCCAUACGCCAACACUCUUUACAAAACGUGUUAUUCCCAGCUCUUGUCCUUCAUAGUGGAUUUCUUGGUCGCUCAAAUUGCAACCCGAUUAUGGUCUUUACAAAUCAACGAACUAGGAUCUAUCAAACUAGAUCGUGAACUCAGCUCUCUGAUUGCCAUUGUGUGUGGUGAACAAUAUGCGUUACGUGAGAAGUUCACCAAACUUACUCAGAUUGUGCUAGUGACGGGCUUGGAGGAUGAUGAUUUUGAUCCCGGAACCAACGGCGAUCUCAAGCAGGAGAUUUUAGAUGGCAUCACAUGGGUAUUAACUCCUUCUGAGCGCAUCCGCGCUGGCGGUCUGAGGGUAGACAAGAGACGGUGA